ACGACACGAGUCGAGAUGUCUGCCGCGCGCCUCCUGCUGCUGGCCGUCGCCUUCUUUGGAUUCUCAGUCUUCUCAAGCACGGCAACCUGUAACCAAAAUGGAAUCGAGCCUCGGUGUGACAUGUACACGCUGCCAAGCUGCCCAAUGAUCUAUCAGCCUGUGUGUGGCAGCAAUGGCAAGACCUACACCAACGAGUGCUUUAUUUGUAAGCAAAACCUAUAUGUAAAUUGUCCGAUCCUCAUUGUGAAAUAUGGAAAAUGUUGAAUCCAUGGAGGGAUACCGAUGGGUCCGCUGAUCUUCAGUCCACUUUGCACUUCGCAAGCUCUUCUUUGCUCCACCAUGGUCCCCUGUGUCCCUUAAGAUCUGCAAUAAAAAUUUGCUU